CUAUAUGGGGUUCUUAACCCGCUGAGCCACAUCAGGAACUCCUCCUCUAUUUGGCUUUUUAUUUAACGAAAGAGGAGGUGGUCCACAUAGCAGAGGAGGGAGGGAAACAGGGAAGAGCCAGGACAGAGCGAGUGCUGUCUCUGGGCUUUCCCAGUACAUCCAGCGUAAGACCACUUGGCUCCAAAAACAGACCAGCUUUGAAGCCUAUGGCCAGAGAGCAUCCCACCACUGUUUGUUAAGUAGAUGGGCCCCUAAACUUGGCCCAGAUUUCCAGAACCAGCAGGUAGCAGCACACCCAGGCACCUAUGUGCCUGCACGCUCUCACACACACCCCAGGCCACUAGGCACACACCCAACAUCCUCUAUCCCCAUGCCCUAGAUGGUGAUAGUGUCAUGUUUCAAGUCAGACGGAGGGUGGAAUUCAAGCCUCCCAGGAUGGGAAAGAGGCAAACUUCAGGAAUAUGAUUGUGUCAAAAUCAGACCAGUGAGUGUGUGUGGGGGGAGAGGGCUAUGUGUCUUGGUGCAGUUUUAUGUAGGAAGGGAUUCCCUCUGGCUGCUCAGAACCCAUCUUGGAAGCCCACAAGCUCUGCAUCACCCAGACACCCUCACAUGUUAGCCAUCCAUGCUGUGAUUGGAAUCCCUCAGCUGUGACAGCCAAACGCAGUGCGCAGCCUAGAUAACUGUACACGGCAGCCCUAAACAAGAGCCCACAGCUGGCCCAGCUCUGGAAGAGAAACCAGCUUUAUCUCAUUGGUAUCUCAACUCCACACCUGAAGGCAGGAAUCAGAAACACGGAGAGCCAUUCCAAACAGGAGGAGAAGGGAAUGGAGGUGACGGGAUCAGAACAGCUGCUGGCUGGCCACCCACUUUGUCCCAGUAAGAAGGAAUAAGGAGAUUGCAAACUGGGAGCCAUCUCCAUUGGCUGCAAAGAUUUCAUGGGCACUUUUAAACACCCGUUCUCUGGCUGCCCCUGGAUUGGCGUGUAGGCUUGCAAAGCCCCCGUGACUGCUCCGUACGGCUGGUCUCCUCUCAUCAUUUCCCUGCACUUUGGGAAUCAUCAGGCCCUUCCUUGCUCAGAUCUGGAGGACUUGGGCCUGUGAGCCAGCGGGGCCCCGUCUGAGAAAGCCCGGCUGCCCUGGGGCAGGGAGUGGCGGCAGAAGAACCGGUCUGUCUAUCGUGGGCCUCGACAACCCAAGCAGCUGGGCGAUGGGGAACGUCAUGGAUGGUAAGUCGGUGGAGGAGCUGAGCAGCACCGAAUGCCACCAGUGGUACAAGAAGUUCAUGACCGAGUGCCCCUCUGGACAGCUUACCCUCUAUGAGUUCCGGCAGUUCUUCGGCCUCAAGAACCUGAGCCCUUGGGCCAGCCAGUACGUGGAGCAGAUGUUUGAGACGUUUGACUUCAACAAAGACGGCUACAUUGACUUCAUGGAAUACGUAGCGGCGCUCAGCCUGGUCCUCAAGGGGAAGGUGGAACAGAAGCUGCGCUGGUACUUCAAGCUCUACGACGUGGACGGCAACGGAUGCAUCGACCGUGACGAGCUGCUCACCAUCAUCCGGGCCAUCCGAGCCAUUAACCCCUGCAGCGACUCGACCAUGACCGCGGAGGAGUUCACUGAUACCGUGUUCUCCAAGAUUGACGUCAAUGGCGAUGGGGAACUCUCCCUGGAGGAGUUCAUGGAGGGCGUCCAGAAGGACCAGAUGCUCUUGGACACGCUAACGCGAAGCCUCGACCUCACCCGCAUUGUGCGCAGGCUCCAGAACGGAGAGCAGGAUGAGGAGGGGGCUGGCGGUGGGGAGUCUGAGGCAGCGGAGGCAGCCGGCUGAGCCCACUGCCCUGUGGCUUCUGUUUUGGGGAGGGGAUGUGUGGUGGUGUCUGGUGUCGCAUUGUUUUAAUACUAGGUAGGUAGAGUUUACUGAACUCCAAGGCUCAGCUCACCUCUUCCCGGCUCACAGUAGCAGCAGAGCGGCAGGGACCGGAGCCUAGAGCUGGGGAAAGUGACAGAUGGUUCUGGAACCUUCUGUGUGACUCAGGUGGAGGUGAUUGCUCCCUGCUGGGGGCAACCUUCAACAUCUGGCCCCUUCUGGCACUUCCUCCGGCUUUACCACCUCCUCCACUGAGCUUCUCAGUUCCACACACUUCCAGGUAGAGAAGCUCUGAUGUGGAGGUGGGUUUUCCCUGGACUCAAAUGGACUCCUACAGAUCUGGUGGCUGCAGCCUCCAUCUGGGCGCUGUGUCACACGCCCAUCCUGCCCCCAGGAUGUGUGUGGUCUGUGUUGAUUUGUUCCCCUUUCAGCAAGCAUAGGUCGAAUACCUACUUUAUUAACGCUAGAUGUUAGAGGUGCAAAGAGGACAGUUCUCAUCCUCAAAGAACUCACAGGCUAAGCAUCAGUGUAAUAAAAUAUGCUAAGAGAAGCUA